UCUGCGACACUUCCUUUUGAGAAGUUGAAAGGUCAGGGGUGUCACGGUGUCCUCUUGUCGCACACGUGUGUUUCGGCUGCUGCAACCAUGCUGUCCUCUCUCUCCCGAGCUCUUAUCGCCACCGCCAGGGUCGCCACUUCUCGGCCCGUGUCCAUGCUCUCCUCCCUGUGCCCUGCGCGCUCCUUCACCCGCACUCUGUGGAUGCAUGGCGGCCAGGGCUCUGCUCUAAGGCCAGCCUUUCUUUACCCUUACCGGGGAUUCCCGGCGGUGUCAUGCGGCUGUGGAGGAUUGCAUACAGAGGGAGACAAAGCAUUUGCAGAAUUCCUCAGCGAUGAAAUCAAAGAAGAAAAGAAAAUACAGAAACACAAAUCCCUACCUAAGAUGACUGGUGGGUGGGAGCUGGACGUCCAUGGCACAGAGGCUAAACUGAUCAGGAAACUUUCAGGGGAGAAGGUAACCGUAACAUUCAAUACCAAUAACAGCAUUCCACCAACGUUUGAUGAAGAAUCACAAGAAGGUCAGAAGGCAGAGGAGAAUGAGCCAGAACUCGUAUCUACACCCAACUUUGUUGUUGAAGUUACAAAACAGGAUACCAAGGAGACUUUGGUACUUGACUGUCAUUUUCCAGAAGAUGAGGUUGGUCAUGGGGAGGAAGAAGAGGAAAGUGAUCUAUUCACUAUUCGGGAGGUGAGCUUCCAGCCCACAGGUGAAACAGACUGGAAGGAAAACAGCUACACCCUAAGCACAGAUUCUCUUGACUGGGCUCUGUAUGAUCACUUGAUGGAUUUUCUGGCUGAUCGUGGAGUGGAUAAUACAUUUGCUGAUGAGCUGGUGGAACUUAGCACUGCAUUGGAACAUCAAGAAUACAUCCGCUUCUUAGAAAAUCUGAAAAGCUUUGUUAAAUGCUAAGGUGUUGUUCAGGAUAGGAAUCUCUUUUAUUUACCCAUAGAGUGGACCACACUUUCAGUUCUGCGUUAUACCAUUUUUGGUUCUUUAAUCUAUUGAUGGAACUGCAGCAAAGAUAUGGAAACAAUGGUAAUGGUAAUGCAAAAAAAUGUGUUCACAUAAACGCGAGCUGAGUUGUGGUUACUGCAUUUAAAACAUGUUUAAUGUUUUAUUUCAUACAGUUUAGCAAUUUAAAAUCUUGUAAUAUCUGGAUAUUGCAACUACCCUUAUUUAAUCAUGCAGUAUGUGCUUCAUUGGACAAACUUGUUUCAAACAAAUCUUGUAUUGUCUGCCAUUGUUGUAUUGUUUACAAUUUAGUUUUCUACAGAUCCCUAAACAAAUUAAAGUCAGAUUCUGUUAA